UUAAAUCUCAAAUUAUCAUUAAUUGAGCUGUUAUUUUUAUUUAAAGAUGUUGGUCCUUCUUCGCCUGGCCCUCAAACCGGUGGUGUCGACGAUGAAGAAGAGCAGGUGGAAAAUAAUGAUUUGUCUCAACAAUCUGCAACAAUUGAAAGUUCAUUGAAUGAGGUAAACGAUGAAUCAACAACAGCAUCCAGAGAAAUUGCAACACAAACUGGAAAAAUACGCAGAAGGGGAAAGGCAAGCAUCAGGAGCUCAGAAAAAGAAAAACCGACGUGCCAGAGCUAUCGAAGCUUCCAAAGCGGCAUGCAUUUGUUGAUUUGUAUCCAUUAAUUGGACUUUUGUCUUGUUCAGUGGAAACUAAUUUUGGAAAUGAUCUUUUGUCAAAGCCUUUUGUUUAUAAGAUUGACAAUAUAUUAAAUGAAUUGAUUUAUGAAUUUUUCCGAUUUAUUAUUUAUUUAUAUCUAAUUUAACCAAUACUGUUUUUAUUUUAAAAUCAAAAAGAAAAAUUUUUUAGUUUACAGCAUCUCCUGUAAUUUUUAAUUUUUGGUGUAGUGGUAUAAUGUUUUGUUUUGGGUGUAUUGAGGUCGUGGUUCGAGUCCUCUCGUUGAAUUUUUUUCGUUUUAGUAAAAUAACCUAAAAGUAUCAAUUUUCUCUCGUUCCCUUUUUUAAAUUCUUCAAAUAAAUUUUUUUCAGCACGGAGAGAUGGAACAGUCUGAACG